AUGCCAUGCAUUUUUGAAAACACUAAAUUUAAACUUAGCCAAAACAAAGGACCUGUUGCUGAAAAAAUCAACAACAAAUUAAAAAAUGUGUUAGAAAAAAAUACCAGACUAAAAUCUAUGUUUAGGAUAAGUAACAUUUUGAAUGGCAACAAUCUAGGUGAUGAUUUCCCAAAUAUAACUCCUGGAGAAGUAACAAAAUUUAAAUAUGAAAAAUAUACCUCGUGUGAUGUUGAGCGAAGUUUUAGCAAAUAUAAAAAUGUAUUAAAGUCAAACAGAAGAUCGUUUACUUUUGAAAAUUUAAAGCAUUAUGUUUGA